ACCCCGGAAGUGGGUCGGGGGCUCGGCCUCUGCCCGGCCGCAGAGCCGGAGCGGGAGAAUCUGGUCUGAGAGGGGUCCAGCCGAAUGAGCGACUCYGGGCAGAGCCCGGGCCAGGGAUCCAGGAUGCUAAACGUCCCUUCUCAGUCUUUCCCGGCCCCCAGCUCUCAGCAGCGCGUCGCUUCAGGGGGGCGUAGCAAGGUACCUUUAAAGCAAGGCAGAAGUCUUAUGGAUUGGAUUCGACUGUCCAAAAGUGGAAAGGACCUAACAGGAUUAAAAGGCAGGUUAAUUGACGUAACUGAAGAAGAACUUAAGAAACACAACAAAAAAGAAGAUUGUUGGAUAUGCAUAAGAGGGUUUGUUUAUAAUGUCAGCUCAUAUAUGGAGUUUCAUCCUGGUGGAGAAGAUGAACUGAUGAGAGCAGCAGGAUCAGAUGGUACUGAUCUUUUUGAUCAGGUUCACCGUUGGGUCAAUUAUGAAUCCAUGCUGAAAGAAUGCCUGGUUGGCAGAAUGGCAGUUAAACCUGCCAUCCCAAAAGACUAUCGUGAGGAAAAGAGAGUCUUAAAUGGCCUGCUUCCCAAGAGCCAAAUGACAGACAUAUCUACCAAAGAAGGUCCUAUUUCCCCAAGCUAUGACUGGUUCCAAACAGACUCUCUAGUCACCAUUGUCAUAUAUACUAAACAAAAGGAUAUCCAUUUAGACUCAAUAAUAAUUGAUCAUCAGAAUGAUUCCUUUAGAGCAGAAACAAUUAUCAAGGAUUAUUCAUAUCUUAUACAUAUUGGGCUAAGCCAUGAGGUUCAGGAAGAUUUUUCUGUUCGAGUGGUUGAGAAUGUGGGAAAAAUAGAAAUUGUCUUAAAAAAGACAGAGAAUAUAUCUUGGAAAUGUCUUGGCCGUCCACUGGAGAAGCAUAAUUCACUUAUUCCAAAGAAAGAUACAGGUUUGUACUACAGAAAAUGCCAGUUAAUUUCCAAGGAAGACGUUACUCAUGAUACAAAACUUUUCUGUUUGAUGCUUCCACCAAGCACUCAUCUUCAGGUGCCAAUUGGGCAACAUGUUUACCUCAAGCUAACUAUUACAGGUACAGAAAUAGUAAAGCCAUAUACUCCUGUGUUUGAUUCCUUACUUUCAGAGUUCAAAGAACCAGUUCUUCCCAAUAAUAAAUACAUCUACUUUUUGAUUAAAAUCUAUACUGCUGGACUCUUUACACCAGAACUUGAUCAUCUUCAGAUUGGAGAUUUUGUACCAGUAAGCAAUCCUGAGGGAAAUUUUAAAUUAUCCAAACUCCAAGAAGUAGAAGAUCUUUUUUUAUUGGCAGCUGGAACAGGCUUCACACCAAUGGUUAAAAUACUGAAAUAUGCUUUGAUUAAUGUACCCAGUCUCAGGAAAGUGAAAUUGAUGUUCUUCAAUAAAACAGAGGAUGAUAUAAUUUGGAGAAGCCAAUUGGAGAAAUUAGCAUUUGAAGAUAAAAGAUUUGAUGUUGAAUAUGUUCUCUCAGCCCCUACUUCUGAAUGGAAGGGCAAACAGGGACACAUUUCACCAGCUCUUCUUUCUGAAUUUUUGAAUAGAAGUUCAGAAAAAUCCAAAGUCCUUCUUUGCAUCUGUGGACCAACACCAUUUACAGAACAAGGAAUAAAAGAGGACUUGAGCAUCCAUAAAUUUUGGCAUCCACAUGAUUCCCAGAACCAGUCUCCUCCUGUACCAAGGUUGCUGCAUGACCUUAACUUUUCCAAAGAUGAGAUCCAUAAUUUUACAGCAUAAUGAAGAGUUGUGAUUGUAUUUUACUCAAUUAGUUUAUCUAAAUUUGUGACUACUUAGAAUUUUUUAAGAGAACAUUUUUUGUAUAUAUUAAAAGAUUAACUUGAAUCCAGAUUUCAGUUUCUUAAAUGAAAUCAACUGUUCCUUCAGUAUAGGUAAUUUGUCAGCUUUAUUUUAUACAUAACUUAUUUUACUAUUGAUACUUGACCUGGAAAGUCAAUCACGGCAACAACAGGAUUCCUUACAAAUUCCCUUACCAUUGAAACUGUAUCACUGUUCUACAAUAAGCACUUGUGUUUUGGGACAUGAUAAAGUAAAUGAUCACUUUGAUCACAUUUCUAUGCUAUAAAAUGUCUUAUUAGCAAUACAAAUUAAAUUUUACAUUGCACUGUUAACUCAGGAAAUGAUCAUUUGUCUUUGUUAUUAAUAUUAAAACAUGGAAUGCUGUAAAAAUUAAGUGAUCCAAAUAAUUUUAUGUUUGUAUAUGGCAUUGAUGCACAGUAGAAUAAAAUUAUA